CAACAUAGCUAUCCAACACUGGUUAUUGCCACACAGGAACGAACCCCUUAACUCUCACAUUAACAUCCCACUUGACACACAAAGAUGAUUGCCGAAUUCGAAGGAGAUUCCACCCAGCUCGCCAAGCCUGCGGACGAGCCUGUCAACAAGGAUACCAACGGUUCGACCCUGACCGACCUCAAGAUUGUCGAUAGGGUUGCUCAUAUUCCUCUGGUUGCUGAUGGCUUGGUGACCUUUGAGACCGUUAUUAAGGCCAACCAGUUUACCGCUUCUCUGUACCAGACCGCUACUGGAAUCGCUGCCAAGUCGCUCGAUAUGGCUUCUCCGGUCAUCAACCGGACCCAACCGUUGAUUGCAAAGGCCGACGGAUUGGCCAAUCAAGGUCUGGACAUGGUCGAAGCCCGAUUCCCUUAUGCCUUCAAAGCGACUACCAACGAAAUUGUGUCGAGCGCCAAAGGGAUUUACGACCAGCGAGUCGGGCAUCUGCUUCCUAAUGAGGUCGUCAAACGAGUCAUCGAACAGAUCUAUGAGCUCAAAGACCGACUCGCCGCUACCGGACAAGCGGCUGGUGGACAAGUUCACUCCAUCUCUACCGGAAUCGCUGAACAGCUUCACAAGCUCGCCCAACACGCCGAGAUCCCAGCCAGCACGAAAGAGGCUUUGACCGCGGCGUAUGGUGACAUCAAGGACAUCGUAGGCAAGGAAGAAUCGACCGCGCAAGGGAAAGCUACCGAGAUCUUGCACUACGUCCAGUCGAAAGUGCAACCCGAACUUGAGAGGUUGACCAACUCUGUCUUCAAGCAGAAGGAUCAAGCGGUCGAGACCGAGAAGACCACUUGAGGACGACGGACGCUAUACGAUACAAGAAGCAGAUGUCAUCAACGUGGGAAUUCUGCGAUGUUCCGUUUUUCAAUCUUUACUGCCCGAUAGAUAUAGAUGAACUUUAGAAGCUCAGUAACGAUAGUGGUAUGAAAUGUAAAACAAACCUAUAGAGACGUAGCGAUAGAUAGCUUUGUAGCAAGAUUAGAUCGAGUGGUCCCGAGCCGAUUCAGAAAUGAGUCGAAAUGGGGUUUCGCCGUGCGGGAAUCAAGCAAGGUGCUGGUG